AUGGGGCGAUACAGCUACAGUCAACCUUCAAGUAGUUCUAGAAGGUUGUGGAGUAACGGAGAACCAGAAGUGAGCUCUACUCCUUUGCGUCGAUCUAUGAGUUCUGGAAUUCCUAACAGAUGCUACUGCAGUUUCCUUACCAUGAUGAGACCAAUGGACAGUGCAGACGAAUAUCCUGGUAGGAUGUUCUUUGGAUGCAAGGAUUAUAAGUUUGGUCCCCCUCAUCUAGUCAAGUGGUGGGAUGAGGCCGUGAUGGAGGAAUUUCAAGAGCUACGAUGUGCCCUGGACAACCAAGGAGACAGUAUUCGUGUCCUCCAAAAUGGUGAUGGACAGGAAGCACAUAAUCGGAUUGAGGCAGAGCUAGCUCAACUAAAAGAGCUAAUUGUAGACAAGAAGCGUUUGAGAUGCCUCGAGCUGAGGAAUGUGAUUGUUCUUUCUCUACUCUUUGUAGUUUUGAUCAUCUGCCUU